AUGAAUGUUUGUUCCUCCAGUUGCUUGUUUUGUUGGUACCUGGCUGGCAAGAUUUCAUACACAAAGACAUGUCAGGAAAAGCUGAAGCGGUUGGAGAAUUCCCCUAUUGCUGAGGCGCUCCGAAUGAGGACAGGACAGUAUCCCUCAUCUUUCCAAAGGUCUCAGUCAGAGCCAAGCAGCUCAGACAGCCAGUCAGGCGAGUUGGUGUUUCAGCCAACAGAAUCACAAAGCCAAACACCAGAUCUCUCCAGGGAUUAUGGAUACGGGUACAAUGACGAGUCACCGAUGCAGAUUGAGAGACCAGAUGACUUCAGCGGUCCAGCUUCUUACCCACCGUAUGUUGAAGAGGAGGUGCCCAAAAAGAAGACCAUCCUUUAUGAGGACCUUCGGCAGAAGAACCGAGAGAACUACGAGGGUGAUCCUUAACCAGAGGGCUGACACACACCUCAGAACCCUGCCUGAGAAAGUCUCAGAAAGACCUAAGAAAGAAGAGAAGAAGAAUAUCUACGGAGACGCGUGGGAGGAGUGAUUGUGGCUAACCUUAAGGUUGUAUUACUGAUGCUUCAGGAAGCUGUAGACAACUCUGUGCUGAUUUAGCCUCAAGUUAUCAACAGGAAAUUGUAAUGGUCUGUGUGAGUGAGUUAAUAAAACUUUGUUGUGGUUUUCUGUG